AAACACAUGCAGGAGCAGGAAGGGCAGAUGUGAUACGAGGCACUGCGCCGACAGUUGCGACUUGGAGGCCGCCGUGUGCUGACGUAAUAACAGGAAAAUAGCAUAGCGCAUGCGCAGCGUGCUGCAAGCUUCUGCAGGUUCGGACAAGAGCAGCGAUAGUCCUCAGUGUCUGUGUUAUACGACGAGUCGGCGACAUCGCGAAACAAUGUCUGCACUACGGGAGAUAGUAACUGCAGUGACUUCUGCUCCUGAUGGGUCUGCUGCAGUGAAAUACAAUAAGGGAGCACACAAUACAGGAGAGGGGGACCGAUACGAGGAGAGGGUGCUGGCCAUUGUGUACCUCCGCUGCCUGAGGCGCGGACUGACCUUCCAGUUGUCUGCCAACAACGGGGAUGCAGGCAAGUUCGACGACGUGGUACUGGUGUGGCGACCUAAGGGACACCCUGAAGCGCGCAUCAUGUUCAUCCAGCUGAAGCACAAGAAAUCCGCGUUCAUCCACAGUAGCGCAUUGUUGUCUGAGGCGCAGAACUGCGACUUUGGGCUCAGCAAGUACUGCACCUCCUACAGAGAAAUUAGCGAGUCACUCGAGAUGGACAGACUCACAUUCGUCUUGCUGACGAACGCCUCUCUGGGUGGCAGCAGCCUCAGCUUGUUGGAACGCCAAGAUGCGGACAGCACUCCAGAACUUGAGCUGCUACAGGCUGGUGGCAACGUGUACAGGCUCAACCCAAACAACGAACAGGUGUGGAAAGCAGUGGGAGAGAACACUGGCUUCGUGGAGAAUUUCUACUUGCUGUGCCAGCAGAGGAAUUCCGUGCAAAUAUUGAGUGACAUUUACAAGGAGCUGGAAGAGUUGCUGGGCGCUGGUGACCUAUGCAGAUCCAUCAGUGACAGUUUGUGCGAGAGCAUUAGGAAGUGGAUGAACAAGCGUAAGGGAGAGUGUUUGACGAGUACUUGGAACGAUUGGCAGGCACUUGUAGACGAAUACGUCAGAACACAGGUGACCGGGUGCAAAUCAUUGACCACCAGACUCAAGUACCGCAGUGUGGCAGAUGUUCGAGACCACGUGGAGUCCUGUAACCCAGCCUGGGUGAGGCCUUUAGAAAGAGGAACAGCGGCUCUCUCUGCUACAAAGAUCCACCAAGCACUGGUUCACGAGACACACAUCAUGGUGGAUGUGGAGCGGUUCCCAGACCUCCGGCACCAAAUUCUCUGCUGUUGGGGCCCGUUUUGCCGAUGGCUGGUGCUUGUAGACAGCGAAAAAGACUCUGACAUAUUGUUUGAGCUGGCGGCCCAGAUAGAAAAUGAACGCCGUCUCAUCAUUGUGUCGUCGAGGGGAAAUAAAGGCUUCGACGACACUUUCAAAACAGCUGACAUCAGCGAUGACAGUUGGAAUGACCUUCUAGAUGUCAAAGUCAGGCUGAACGGGGACCGCUACGAAUGCCGCCUGCGGGACCAGGUGGCAGAUGCCGAUGCUCUGAAAUCGCUUCUGGACGGCAAGCCGACGUUCUUGCUGGCUCUGGCGCAGCUGUCACAGCCUCUGAGGAUGGGCCGGGAGCUGGAAACGCUGCCCGCCUAUUACGUGCCCAGGAAGCUGGUAGACUGUCGGCUGGUGCAGAACGAGUUCUUCUCGUCUCUGGGGCGCUGGGAUGUGUGCGUCAUCGACAGCGCAUCCUAUGGGGCACUGUCAUGUAAAAUAGGCAAACAUUCGGUCACGAGUUUUGCGCAGAUGAAAAGUUGGAUCCGCACUCCAUCCAAAUUCGAUUGGCCAGUAAUUGUGUUAACUGAGGAGCUGGAGAGUAUUCGUGAAGCUGCCAGAACAUGGCCAGUUUUGAAAAUCUACGUAUUACAGUUUUCUAACAAGAAAUGGAAGAUUGUUUACUAUUUUGGGCAUCCUGACAGGAUUGGAGGGCACAGAAUCAAGCAGAAGGUAGAGCAGUAUAAGGCAUUAGACACUGCAUGCAAUACGGUAAUUGUAGAGGGGAGGCCGGGAGUGGGCAAGUCGAAGGUGCUGUCUCAUGUGGCGGAGCAAAUAAAAGGAAGGGACCCUGCCUGCUGGAUACUGAGAAUUAAUCUGUUGGAGUUUUACACAGUUUUAGAUGACAGUGACAGCUCUGUAGAAGACAUCUUGAGGGAGGCAGUCUUUAACAAGGACGAGCUGGCCAGACUGGAGUGCGCACUGCUUCGCCACAGCCUGCUGCGGUCCCCGCGAGUCGUCUGCCUCGUGGACGGCUUCGACGAGGUGUGCCCGGAUUACGUCGACAAGUGUAUCGAGGUGCUGCCUCUCGUGGCACCACGCAAGGGAAAGCUCCUGGUGACGACGAGGCCAGCAGCGUUGAAGGUCUUGGAGGCGCGGAUGGGUGUGUUGGCGCACUCGCUGGAGCCUUUCAGUGACUCAGAGCUGAAAGAAUUCUUCACACUCCACCCGCCGAAGGGAAACACUCCAGCCAUCGCCGGCCUCAACAAGAGCUUAAGGGAUCUUCUGAGAAUCCCUCUCUUCGCCGAAAUGUUCGUAAAUCUGUCACAGGAAGUAGCUGAAACAUGGGACAUUGUGACUCUGUACGAAACUUUCUUCCGAAAUAACUUCAGAAGGCUUUACGAGGAGAAAUUGUGUCAAAACUUUUCCGUUCCCGGGAAGAAGGCAGAGGUCGAGGAGAAGCUGAAGAAGCACGAGGCACAGUUGAUGGCCCUCGCAGAAUCAGUUCUGUCGCACGCUACGGCUGUACCGACAAAGCUGUCGUUCGAUACGGACUACUUUGUGAAAUCUGGAAUCGUGUACCAGUUCACCAACGGGAAACCCGCAUUCCUGCACAGGACCUUCGCCGAGCACUUCCUCGCCAAGUUGUGCUUCGUCACAGAUAGAAAACAGUUUCGUGCGAGGGCGUACCGCAAGGCGUACGUGAACAAGAGACUGGAGUUCUUCCUCGAGUCUUUCGACCGGAGGGCAGCGAGGGGCCAGCCACUGUUGGAGGCGCUGCUGGAUGGCGACGAGCGCAAGAUGGCGGCGCUGCUGGGCGAGGGUGCCGACGUCGGGCAGGCAGACGCGUGCGGGCGUAGCGUCCUGCACCUGGCGGCGGCGCACCGUCUGCGCUGCCCCCUGCCCCUGCUGCGGCGGCUGUGCAGGCGUGCGGGGGUGGGCGCGCUGUCUGCGGAGGACCGCCUGCUUGGGUGGACGCCGAUGAGGUAUGCCGCAGAGGGCGGUCGCUGGGCCGCCGUCAAAGCACUGCUGGAGGCGGGAGGCGACGUCAGUCAACUGGGGGACUUCCGCUUGAGGCUGCACGAUCCCGCACAGCUGCUGGGCGCCUUCGAACGGGGCGGAUACUGGGCCCUGUACGAGCACAUCUUCUCGCUCAACAAUACGUCAUGGAGAGCCAAGGCAGCGUGGAAGGGCGUAGGCACUCAAAUGCAGAUUGCUCUGUCCCUGAUCUCUGCAAAAAUGCCAAGACAGUCGCUCAGAGUCAUUGCCGAAAAGGCCAGGGAGGAAGGACACCAUACGGUGCGCAGCAUGCUCUUACACGGGAAGAUCAGAACAGCAGAAAAAGGAAGGACUCUUUCGCAGAAGGGGAAGAAAGUGAAGCCCAAAUAUGUUCAUCCACAAUGGUCGAGGACUCGUCCUCCAGCACAUGGAGAGAGCUACAUACCUAACUGUGCCACACAGUUCCUGUCUGGUGUCACUCCACCCCGAGUAGGGGGUAAUGUGGUGCUGCAGGGGGCAAGGUCUUCAACAGCCGCCAGUUGCAGUAGCCAGACACAACCGCAGCACACCUACUUGAAGUAUAGCGACGAGAGUGACAUAAACUCGUCACUAUAUCACAGUGCAGAAACUGGCGAUGUCAACAAUCUACAUGUGCUUACAAAUUUAGAAAGACAUACGGUUGAGAGGCGAUCUCAGCUGGACAGCACUUUGGCUGCUCACGAGAGCUGGUUUGGACGUGCUGGCGAAACAUGGCAAUGCCUCGGCACGGGAGACAGGCAACAUGGACAGCGGGCAGGAUUUGACUGGCAGAAUGGGGAUGGAGAUACGCCACUGGUCAGUGCAGUGCAGAGGGAAGGUGCCGAUGUUGCUAGCAAUGGAUUUCAUCACGUACUUGAAAUAUUCAUUUUCAUUUUAAUAUCAGUGCUAAUCAUGAAGACUUUCAACUAGAUUCAUCAUCACCUAAUAGUAUUUUAGCGGAAUUAUUAGCAAUAUGGACUUCAGAAGGGGAUCGAAAAGUGCUGAAAAUCGUUCAUCAUGAUAUGUGAUAAGUGGCUGCUGAAUCUAUGAUCCAAUCACUUGCCAGCCAGAAGACAAAUUGGACACAAAGUGCAGUGUAUUUGUAUGCAUUUAUUUACUUAAAAUAAUAAUAUUUUGUUGUAACUGACUUUAAAUUAAAUUUUUCACAGAGAUAAGUGGUGUGUAUAUCAGUGUUAUAAAAUUUAUACUUCUUUCACCAUAACCACACUGAAAUUUGUACUUAGAUAAUUCAAUCUAUGCAAUUGCUGCUGAUGUCUUUACCCUAUGGUUGGUUGUAUAGUCAUGAAACCAAAAGCCAUAAUAAAUAAGCAUUCUUUCAUA